AUGGACAGUGUUUUACAAAUUGUCUUGACAAGUUUUGAAAAAGUUGGUAAAUCACAAAAUGAGGCCAAAAACUUUCAACCACUUCAAAAAAUUACAAAACAUUUAGAUUUCUGUUUUGCUGAUGAAGAACGUACUCAUGGAACUCUUGCUUACCUUGAUGCUAUUCGUACUAAACUUCCAAAUAUGAAAAAGGGUAAGAAGGAUCUCAUGCCAUUCAUUUGUGAAACUUUAAUUCAUAUUUUUGAGGAAAUUCUCACUGGACAAUACAUGUUUGAUGAAAUUCAAUUACUUGAGAAUAGUCAACAUUGGGAAAAGCGUAAGAAGGAAUUUAAAUCACUUAAUAAUGAAUUGAGUAAUAGAUUUUGGGGAUGUUUCCAAGAAAUCUAUGAUAAUUUGUUGAAGAUGGCUUCAAAGAAAGAAGCUUCAUCAUUUGAUCUUGUAAAUUGUAUGGCAAUGAUGACUUGUCGUGCAAAGGAGGACAUUUACUUCCAAAAUGUUCCAGAACUCAUCAAAUUGUACACUGCCGGUCUCAAAGAUAAGAAGGAAAAAUUCGAUUUCUUCAAAUCAAUCAAAUCAUUUGUAACAUAUGUACCUAAUGAAUAUGUUACAAAAGAUCUGGAAAAGUUCAGUAACUUUAUUAAAUCUGUUUCAGAUCAAAUUUUCAAUAAGAAGGUGGUACUCAAUGAAUACAGACAAGAUGCUGAAACAUUCCUUGUUGAAUAUGCCAAGAAACAACUUCAUAGAACAUGGCCUAAACUCAUGGAAGAAAUUUUGAAACCAGAAAACCAAAAAGUUUACACUAACGAACACAGAGCUGUUGCAUUGUCAUGUAUUGCUAGAGUUGCAAGACUAUUCCCUGAUGAAAUUGCAAAGCAAAACUACUUGUUGGGAGUUGUUUGUACAAAUAUCAUUUUAGAUGAAAAGAUGAGAACUGAUGUUACUCUAUUGAGAAAUGUUCUUAAAUGUUUCCCUCGGGUCAGACAUACAUCUGAAGAAAAGAUGAAUGAAAUUAGAAAUAUCAUUGGUACUCAUUGCUUAUUACAUCCUGAUAGAACUGUUUCUAGAAAUGCUGCUGAGGCUCUUGUUUCCUCUGUUGAAAUGGAACCAGGUAAAAUCCUUGAUGUUGUCGAAAAAUUCAGAGAUGUUUUGAUUAAGGUUAAUGAAAUUACUCCAGAAAAUGCUUACAAAUUGUUGAAGGAUUUAUUCCUUGUUUUGGAAACAUUUAUUCAUAAGGUUCAAGAAUCGGAAAAACUUAUUAUUGGAUUAGACAUUCAAGGAUACAACUCUCUUAGAAAGAAGGUUGAAGGAAUGUUACUUUUGUAUAUUAUUCAUACUGCCCCUACUGUCAGAAAUCAAGCUGUCAAGACUCUUAAACAAUUGUCUAGACCAGAACUUAAAGCAAUCACUAAGGAAAUUUCAUCAAAUUGUACUUAUCUGAUUGAUGACGGCAUGCUUACUUCCCCAAAGAAUGACAGUUCUGAAUGGUUACCUUGCGUAGAAGAAAUGUGCAAGAAUCACGUUGAUGAUGCCAUCACUAAGGCAUGGGAAGAAUUGAUAAAGCGUUGGAGUACUGGUGUUUCCAGACUCGAUAAGAUUGAUCUCCUCUCGAAUCAUUUGAGAUUCCUCUGUGCUGCAGCUAGACCAACACUCGCCUCAAAGGCAGAACCAUUCUUCAAUGAAUUACUCCAAUUGUUAACUAAGAAUUGCCCUCAUAACGAAAUUAAGACAGCAGUUUUGGGAGCUUUAGAAUUGGUCCAUCCAACAAGCAUGUACAUGAUCCUCUCACAAAUAAGAUCCAUUGAUGUAGCCAGAACCUACAUCAAGAAGGAGCAUAGAAUUGAAAGCUCCGAUCCUGCUUACGAACAACACAUUAUUUCCUUGCUAAAGAGAUUAAUUACCAAGUCCAUCUCAAAUGUUUCAUCCAUUUCACCAACUGAUUUCCUCUUUGUCAAGCAAGGAAUUGCUGUUAGAGAUUUCUUUGAUGAACUCAUUUCUAAUUGGACAACCAAGGAUAGAAUUGAUGUUAGAGACAUUACAGGUUCUUUCCUCAAUAAUAUUGACACUUGGAAAGACGCUGCUGAAAUUAUUGCAACUUACCUCAAGCAUUUGAAUACCAUCAGUAAGCAAACUGCUCUCGAAAAGGGAACAGAUAUUUCUGAUCAAGCUGUUACAUACAGUAAUAUGUUCAAAAAGCACACUGUCAAUCAAUCUUUGGUGUAUCUCUUCAAAUUCUUGCAUUAUGACCACAUUGGACUUUAUUGCCAAGAAGCUGCUAAUGGUAUUCAACACAUUUGUUCAUUUGGAAUGAUUGAAGAUGAAAAGUUUAUCAAUGACAUUUUGAGAUAUUGUGAACAAGUUAUUGUUCGUAAGAAAGAUGAAGUUGACGUUAUUCCAGUCAUGUCAGAAUUUUUGAGAAAUAAUCCUCAAACUCUCAGAACCUUCAUUAUCAACUCAUACUAUGAAUCCUUCAAUAGAUAUAUCAAGGAAGAACUCGAUACUCAAGACGAAUCUGAAGAUAAAUCAAAGAAAUCCAGUAAAGGAACCAAGAAGGAAGUUGAAGCUAUGCUUGAAUUAAAGGAAGAAAAGAAAGAAGAAAGAAAGAAAUUCACUGAAAGAAUUCCAAAUAUUUGCAGAGCAUAUCUCUCUGCCAUUGUAAAGGUUAUGGAAGAUCACCUUGAUCAUUGGAUUCAAGAACAAUACACCACUUUGGGAGGCAUGUUCUAUAUUGCACUUGUCCACUCAUGCACCAGAGGUAACAUUUCACUCAGAGAUAAGGCUCAUGAAUUGAUUAAUAUUGUAAUCAAAUCAGAUACCUCUGAAGGAAAUAUCAAUUAUGGAACAACCUAUCACUGUACAAGUGUUGGUGAUGAAUGUGUCUUUAAAAAGACUAUUUACAACUUUUCAGAAUAUGUUUCAAAGACUGCUCCUUUGAUUACUGCUGAUUUGUUUACUGAAGCUGAUAAGACUGUUGAUUUGUUGGAUGGUGUUAAUAAGGAAAAUACUUUGAGAAUUCUCACACCAUGGUCUUACAAUUUCGGUCUCUAUGUCAAGACAUGUUUGGAUUCUGCAAAUACUUCUGAUGCUGCCUACAAGAUGAAAGAUUUCACUUCUCAAAGACUUUUGAAGAUUAUCUUUACUAUUACUGAAAAACUCCACGGUGAUGAAGAUUCACAAACCGACGAUUAUCCAAUGACUAAUAAUUUGAAUAAGCACUAUUUGGAAAGAAUUUGGUACAACCUUAUCAAAUCAUCAGAAGUUUGUAAAUGGGUUAUUCCAGAAGUUGUCAAGUUUAUUGUUGAAAAUUAUGAUUAUUCAUUCUCAAAUAAUACUCAACCUGUCAACACAACCCAUACCUUGUUGAGAGCUGUCUUUGUUUAUAUUUGUAGAGAUGAAAAGAGCUUGCCGCUCAUCCUUGAAAACCUUGUCUAUUAUUUGAGAGAUUACAAGGAAAAGGUACCUGAAACUAAGAAGGAAGUUGCCAAAUAUCUCGUCGAAAGAGGUUUACAGGAACCUGUUGAUGCUGAAUUCACUAGUCUAGAAUUCAGUGCUCUCCAACUCUUGGUUGAUAUUACCUAUGAACAUGAUGUUGCACUCAUUCCUCAUUUACCAAAACUCUUCAUGAAUACCAUUGUUCUCUUCAACUCUUGUCAAAAUACUAGAACAUUUAUUGAACCUAAACUCAUCUUGGAAAAUAUCCUUCAAUCACUUGCAUUGAGAAUGAGAGAUUUGAAUACUUCUACCAUUCACUAUGUUGAAAAACUUACUCAAUUCCUCAUUGAAAAUUUGAGAAAGUCCUCUCAACAAAAGCUUACACGUGUUCGUUCAUUCAUUGUUCAAUGGACAGAAUAUGUAUCAAAGAAGCACAGACCAGAUUUGGCUGAAGCUAUUUCUGAAAUGGCUCUCAAUUGGGCUUUACAAACAAAGGACAAUAAGAUUUCACUCGAAUCUUACUAUGUUUUUGAAGCUUUGAACAAGAACUUCUCAUGUGAUGUCAUUGAAAAGUUAGUGAUUGGUUUCUUUGAUGCUGUCAGAGUUAGAGAUGAUGCCAAGAUUUCUAUCAUUAUGGAUAUUUUCUUCAAUAUUCCAUCUGAUAAGUUGGCUCCUCCUCGUGUAUCUAAAUUAUUGUUCCAAGUCGUCUUUUGGCUCUUCUUCUCCUGGAAUAAGACUCACUUUGCUCGUGGUUUGAAAUACAUGCUCAAGUUGCAAGGACUCACCCAAUAUGAUAAUAUUGAUGAAUCCGUACUCAAUUCAUCCAUGUACAAUGUAUGGAAGGGUUACACAGGUGAAGAAACUGUUGAUGUUAGCGUCUCUAGAGUUAUUUUCAAGGGAAUAUUCGAUACUGAAACAUUUGCUGAAACCUUUGAUCUCUUGAAUAAUUUGGUUGUCAGAUUUGAAUCAUACAUGACCAAACAAAGCAAUAUGAUGAUUGCAACUAUUUUGGUUGUUCAAGGUAUUCUAUACCUUUCUGGUGACUUCUCAAAGAAGGCUCAAUUGCAAAAGUUGUUGGAUAGAAACGAAGGUUUGGUGGAUUUCAAGAAUGCUUUCAAUACUCUUGAACAAUCCUUCACUCAAGUCAAGGCCAAUUUGGUAACAAAUGAGGAAGUUAUCUCAGAAUUGACAGAAUAUAACAAGUGUAUGACUCAGUUUACCACUGACUUUGCAUCUGCCUAUCAAAAGAUAUUCUCAAAUAAGAGUGGCAGCUUUAUUAAUUGGGUAUUGGUUUCCCUCACCAAAAAUUCUAACAUCAAGUGGUCUCUUGCCUCUGUUCUUCUUACUAGCAAAUUGCUCCCAGUCAUUUUCCAACCUGGUUUGUGGUCUAUUGAAGAAAUUAGCAGUGUCUCUUGUAUUGCUAAGGAAUGCAUGUCAGAUGUUAAGCUUGUUUCAUAUUUGAGAAAUCCACUCCUCCACAAUUCUGCCAAGGAUAUUACUGAAUUUAUUGCCUUCCAUGCUCAUGAAAAGCAAAAGAAAUACACCAAGAAGGAGGUUGAAACUGUUUUCCCAUACUUGGAACCAACUCUUGGAUUCUUGAAAAGUGUUCGUUCAGAGAAACCAUCCAAUAAUGAAUCAUUCGUUGGAACAAACACUGUUGAAAAGGAUAUUACUCGUAGUGAAAUUUUGUGUCGUAUGUGGUAUCAAACAUUUAGUCUCCAAAUUGAUCCUGCAUCCAACAAUGAAGAAGCAUCACUCCUCACUUCAAUUCUCGAAUUCAAAUCUGAAACUCAUGCCACUGAAUCAAAUAUUUCUCCUGUCAUUGCAAACUAUGCCAAAGUCAUUUCACAAAGAAAGACCAAACCACUCUCUGAUAUUCCAGAAUCGGAUGCUCCACCAACUGUAACCCAGGUAAAUGAUAUUAAUAUUGAUGAUGUUGAAGAUGAAGUAGAAGAAGCAAUUAUUAUUCCACCACCUCCAGAAUCUGAUAGUGAGGAUGAAGAAAGUGAGAAAACUCAAUAAAUAAUUUAAUCUUGUUUC